UGGCGGUUGCUGGGAAACCGCGUAGAUACCAGAGAGCCCUGCUGGUGUUUAGGUUUGCCGCUGGCGGUUGUAGCCGCCCGAGAGGGAAAAGGGGAGUUUCGUCUGCCCAGAUGGCUUCCGAAAGGAGAACUUUCAGCUUCAGUGAAAGGCAUCAGAAAUUAGUAGAUAUAAACUAUUGCAAAAAAUUGCAUGUCGAGGCACUACAAAGGCUACAGAAUCAAACCAGGGACCGAAUGGUGCAGAAUGAGAAUGAUGACCGGGCUGAGCGCAAAAGGUUCCUCAGAUUAUUACAGGAUGAACAAUUUGAGUUGGAUAUGGAAGAGGCCAUUCAAAAGGCAGAAGAAAACAAAAGAUUGAGGCAGCUCCAGCUUGAACAAGAAGAAAAAUUGGCUACGGAACUGGCAAAACUAAAACGUGAAAGUCUGAAGGAUGAAAAGUUGAGGCAACAAGUAAGAGAAAACAGUGCUGAGCUCAGAGAAUUGGAGAAGAAAUUAAAAGCAGCUUACAUGAAUAAAGAAAGAGCAGCUCAAAUUGCUGAAAAGGAUGCCAUUAAAUAUGAGCAAAUGAAACGUGAUGCUGAAAUAGCCAGAACUAUGAUGGAAGAGCACCAGAGGUUAAUAAAGGAAGAGAAUGCUGCAGAGGACAAACGAAACCAAGUGAAAGCACAGUACAGUCAUGACCUAGAGAAACAGCUUGAAGAGCAAGAGAAGCAAAAGCAGGAAGCUUACGAGCAGUUGCUGAAAGAGAAGCUCAUGAUUGAUGAGAUUGUUAGGAAAAUCUAUGAAGAAGAUCAAUUGGAAAGACAGCAAAGGUUAGAGAAAAUGAAUACAACUCGAAGGUAUAUAGAAGAGUUUCAGAAAGAGCAGGCUCUCUGGAGAAAAAAGAAACGGGAGGAGAUGGAAGAAGAAAAUAGAAAAAUAAUAGAGUUUGCCAAGUUGCAGCAACAAAGAGAAGAAGAUCGAAUGGCAAAAGUUCAAGAAAGUGAAGAAAAGAGACUACAGCUUCAAAAUAUGCUGACUCAGAGGUUGGAAGAAAUGCUGCGGCAACGUGAAGAUUUAGAACAAGUGCGACAGGAAUUAUACCAGGAAGAACAAGCUGAAAUAUAUAGGAAGAAACUAGAAGAAGAAGCAGAAGAGAAAUUGAGAAGGCAAAAGGAGUUGAAGCAAGAUUUUAUGGACCAAAUGGCCUUGAAGGAAUUAGUACUUCAGGCUGCAAAAGAGGAAGAGGAGACAUUUAGAAAAGCUAUGCUGGCGAAAUUUGCUGAGGAUGAUCGAAUAGAAUUAAUGAAUGCUCAGAAGCAAAGAAUGAAGCAACUAGAACACAAGAGGGCUGUGGAGAAACUUAUAGAAGAACGCCGCAACCAGUUCCUUGCAGACAAACAACGUGAACUGGAGGAAUGGCAGUGGCAGCAAAGACGACAAGGAUGUAUAAAUGCAAUUGUUGAAGAAGAAAGACUAAAACUUCUCAAAGAACACGCUACAAAACUACUAGGAUAUCUCCCUAAAGGAGUAUUCAAAAAUGAGGAUGAUAUUGAUAUGCUUGGUGAAGAGUUUAGAAAAGCAUAUCAGAAAAGGAGCGAAAUUUGUGAGAAAUGAUACCGACAAGAUUUGGUAAAACCUGGGUUCUUUUGUGUGUUACCACUAGGUGUCAGUGUGACUUCUGUUUUAGAGUUCAGUGAGUAGGACUCCUCCAUUGUCUCCGGAUUUUCUAAAACAUUUCUGUAAUUUAUCAUUUAUAAACAGUUAUAAGAAAACAUUUGUUUUCUUUUAAAAAUUAAUACUUUUAACUGCAAGUUUGCUUUCAAUCACUAUUGUUUUUGUACUGAUAAAAUUGAAGAUCUGAAUUUUAUAAAACACUCCAUAUAUUGAGUUGGCCAAAAAGUUUGGAUUUUUCUGUUACAUAUAGAUACCUAUAUCUAUCAAAACAACCCAAGAGACUAAACUCUUCAUACCACUUCUAUGUUUGUGUUUAGGAACUUCACUUCCUUGAUUUGGCCAGGGAAGACUGUUAUUAUAAGAGGAGAAAAGUACAGAGUGCUUUAUUACCUAAUGCAGUUAUAGCAAUAAGAACAUACAAACAGUUUCUCUCAGGUAAACAUCAUUUACAAACUAAAGCUAAGUCUCUAGAGCAUAAAAUAUUUUCUAUUCAUAUGCAGCUGAAAGGGGCUAGAAGGUCAUAAGAAAGAUAACAGAAUCGAAAGUUAAAUUUCUGUUGCUUUAUUUUAUAAAACAUUUCUAAUAAUUAGGUAUCACUUUUAUAUCCCCAAAUCUAAAUUUACUUUAAGAGUAUAUCCACCACACACUGGAGGUUUACAAGUAGAUCACUUUAAUUUCCCCAUUCAAGUGCCUUCAUAAAUUCCUCUUCAGUGAAAGACAGCAUCUUGGCAGCUUCAAUAUGCAUCUGUGUUUAGAGAAAUCAACAUUGUCUAAUUUAGUAUUAAGAGUAGAUCACAGAACAAUAGGAAAUUUGUGCAAGUGUAUGUAUAAUGCUGAGUUCUGUUAUAGAAAUGUAUAAUUCUAAUUACAAUAAACAGGUUUAAAUAAUUAUAUUCAGUGAUUAGCCACUAAAAACCUUGCCCACUGGCCAACCUGGGCAGUGUUGUAAUACCUAAUCUUUGCAAAAGGUGACAGUAGCAAAAACAUGAAUUCACAUCCUCUUAACCACUAGGUAAACUUGUGUGGUGACCACAAUAAAAGUGGUUUGAAAUCAGUUUCACUUUCAAGAUUUCAAGAGGCAAACUGAUCCCUUUUUAAGAUAAUUUUAUUUUUUAUAUCUGGUAUUUUCUUUAGUUAGGGAGUAUCCAUACUGUAUGGAAACAGAACUAGUAAACAUUCCUAAUUUACUUGCAUCAAUGUAUAGACAACAUUUUGUGACUAAGCAUGGCAAUAAAAACUAUACCUGAAGGAGAAAUACCUAAAUGUCUUAGUAGAAAGAGCCAAAUCAUAUCCACAAUUUAUUUUAACUUUGUUUAGGAUAAACUCACCUUCUGCCUUUUUAAAACAUCAAUUAAUUUUAACUGUUUCUUAAAUCCUAUCAUUAAUUCUCCUUUUUGUUUUUCUAGCUUCUUGUUUUCUGAUUUUAAUGCUUCAAUUUUUUUGUGUUCUUCAUUUGCUAUAUCCUGCAAAAGGAAAAAAUCCCAUGUAUUCUUUACAGUAUUUUAAUGGAAAAAUUAUAUCAACAAUAAAAACUUAGGUUUAAAAACGUUU